UAUUAACAGGAUAAAAACUGCAAACAACGUACAUUCUGAUCUUACUUUGCUUGAAUUGAAUUGUUUCUUUCUGGGUCUUUGACAAGAUAGGAUCGUUGAAGAACUCAAAGUAAGAGCAUAAGAAAUUCAUCUUCUUGGUAGCCCAAGAAAAGUAAAAAAAGAAAGUCAUUGGUGUGGUCAUCUUGAGGUCUCAGAAAGAUGGGAUCUUUGCUUUCAAGAGUUCUUAUAAUGUCAUUUGGGUAUGCUUAUCCUGCUUACGAGUGCUUUAAAGAAGUCGAAAACAACAAUCCAGACAUUGAACGACUACUCUUUUGGUGCCAGUACUGGUUCUUAGUCGCCAUAUUUACGAUCUGUGAGAGAGUGGGAGAUGCUCUUAUUUCAUGGUUACCAAUGUACAGUGAAGCUAAGUUGGCAUUCUUGAUAUAUCUCUGGUAUCCCAGAACAAAAGGGACAAGCUAUGUCUAUGGUUCCUUCUUCCUGCCUUUCCUGGGAAAACAUCAGCCUGAAAUUGAUCGUAUGUUGUUGGAGCUCAGAGAUAGGGCCCGGAAUAUCACAGUUCUUUUUUGGCAAAACAUUGCAAGUUAUGGACAGACCAGAUUUCUAGAGAUUUUGCAGUAUUUUUCUUCUCAGUCAUCAUCAUUUGCUUAUACUGAAAAGCAACAGCAGAUGGAGUCUACAAAUGAGAAGCCUCUCGUUUCUUCUCAUGAAGCUGUUUAUACACCCAAUACUGGUGGAACAACAGUUUCUGUUCAAUCUGCUGCUGAAGAUUCAUCAGCAAGUGAAUUGCAGUUGCCUAGCUCAACUGAAAGAGUACAAUCCUUUGAAGAUACUAAAACACAUUCCUCCUUACCACAAGAAACUACUACUGCUAUCCGCUCUAGACGUGGCAUAUGGAGACUUUUCCGUGCCAAGGACACUUAGGGCCUGAUGGGUUACCCUUGUAUUGUAAUGAUAAUUGUGCCUGUCAAAACUUAGUACUAUUACGCGUAAUAAGAUUUCGAUUACAAUUGCUGCACAAAAUUGAAAAAUCAUACUGUGCCUUGUGUUAUCAAAAUUA